UCUCAAAACAAUUGGGAUUUCAGAAAUGUUCGUCUUCAUCAGUCGAACCUCCCGCCAAAAAAGCUACCCAUUUUCUCUCUCCUCCUUCACCACCACCACCACCACCACCUCAACCACCCCAACUUCUUCAUCAACCCUCCACUCCAAAUACUCGUUCAAACCCCCACUCUCUCUCCACCCACAAAAUCCAAACCCCAACCCCAAAACCCCAACAGAUAUCAAGCCCCAAAAGAAGCGGAAACCCCCUUAUCGACCUCCAUCGUCGCUCGACCGGUCCGGUCAAAAACCGGUACGUUCCAACUUGCCGUUUGAUUUUCGGUUCAGUUACACGGAGAGUAGUCCGGCGGUGAGGCCUAUUGGGCUUAGGGAGCCGAAGUACUCGCCGUUUGGGCCCGGCCGAUUGAAUAGGGUCUGGACUGGGGUUUGUGCUCCGGUGAAGGACCCCAAGUUGGGGUCCAUUGAGGAUAAUAAGAAGUUGGAGGAGAAGAGGAAGGAGAUGAGAGAGAGAAUACAAGGGACGCUGUUGACGAGUGCGGAGAGGAAACUGCUAGUGGAUAGGUGUCAGAGGAAUAGGACCAAGAGGCAAAUCAAUCUGGGGAGGGAUGGUUUAACACACAACAUGUUGAAUGAUAUUCAUAAUCACUGGAAACAUGCUGAAGCAGUCAGGAUAAAGUGUAUGGGUGUACCUACUGUUGAUAUGAAAAAUGUGUGCAGUCAGUUAGAGGACAAAACAUUUGGUAAGAUCAUUCAAAGACAUGGUGGUCUACUUGUAUUGUACAGAGGUAGGAGUUAUAAUCCCAAGAAGAGGCCUGUGAUUCCAUUAAUGCUGUGGAAGCCUCAAGAGCCCAUAUAUCCUAGGCUGAUUAAAACUACUAUAGAUGGCCUGAGCAUUGAGGAAACGAAGGAGAUGAGAAAGAGAGGGUUAGGUGUUCCUGCCUUAACAAAACUUGCUAAAAAUGGUUAUUAUGGUAGUCUAGUACCUAUGGUCCGCGAUGCUUUUCUCACUGAUGAACUAGUUCGGAUAGAUUGUAAAGGCCUCGAAAAGGGUGACUACAAGAAAAUAGGCUGCAAACUGAGGGACAUGGUUCCUUGUGUCCUGGUGACUUUUGAUAAGGAACAGAUUGUGAUAUGGAGGGGCGAGGACUAUAACCCUUCAGAGGGUGGAUACUUCCUUACUGAGAAGGAAUCAUUUGAUAAUCCAGAGAACGAUUUGGUUAUUGGAGCAGGACAUGAGAGCUUAGAUGAUGGCCACAGCCAAUAUGACAUUGACUCUGGAGAUGGUGACUAGUCCUGCUGUUGCUAGAAAAACAAGCACCUAGGUGGUAUUUUGUUUUGUUGCAACGUCUAUAACGCAAGAGGUGCCCAACGGUGGCCUGGGGAGAGGAGUUUUCUAGUUCUGUCAACGAACAUUGAUGGCAUAAGCUGUCAGUUUUCUCAUUCAUCAGAAAUACCCAUCUGAUUUGCAGUUCUCAGGGAACAAUUUUACAGCUGAGGAAGAGAUCUCUUGGAGAAAUUUAAUGGGUUAAUUAUUGCAUAAAUGAGUUCUUCAAAUGUGACUCUCAUGCUUCAACAGUGGAGUCAGAAUGCGCACAUCCACACUUAUUCAUGGUUGAUGUUCAUGUUUGAUGUCCUUAAUGAGGUUAGUUUGGUUUCUGUCUCUCAUAAUUUAACUUAAGAAUCUGUGUGUGUGUGUGUGUGUGGAGUAAUCUGUAUACAUAGGGUGAAUGGUUGUUAAUAAUUGUUGCAAUAGGUCUGCUUUAUUGCUUUGAAGAACAAAUCAAAAGAAGGGUAGAUGUGUUUUCCAUUUGGGGAAGGUGUCGGUGUCUCAUUGAGCCAGGUUGGGUAAAGCCAGCCAAAAAGUGGUGGGUGGCCCACAUCCUGUCCAUCAAGAUGGCCUUAAUGGACUUACCUUUCAUUGUAAAACUAGGACUAGUAGGGUGUCUAAACCCAUUCACUCUUCUAGCUUUCGUCAUUUUGUAUUGGCCCAGCAGAAUGCUUUUGCCGUUGGUGUUCUCUUUGAUCUCUGCAAAUUCCACCACUUUAAUAGAAAUUCCCUCAACCCGUUUUUUACUCAAUAGAGUUGAUGUAUG